AUGGAGGACACCACCUCCAUCUUGCCUCGUCUCAAACGGAACUCCAACGCCUACGGGAUUGGAGCUCUGGCUAAGUCCUCUCUGUCAGGUGUGUCAGGUGUGACCAGGUCCAUGAAGGACAAGGUAACUAAACCCACAGCUAUGGCUCAAGGCCGUGUUGCCCACAUGAUUGAGUGGCAGAGUUGGGGCAAACCAUCUGCAGGGCCAAUAGGGGGAGCAGGUCUUUCCAACCUGCACCGCGAGAGGGAAAGAAGACUUGAGAACGAUGCCUAUAGUGACCUAAGUGAUGGGGAGAAGGAGGCACGAAUGGCUGCUGGAGUGAUGCAGCAAUUUGCAAUUUCUGAGGCUACAUUACUGGCCUGGAAUUCUAUGGAUGGGGAGAGCUUUUGUGCUGACUCCAACCAGGGCAGUGUAGCACACCUCAGUGAAGUUAAUCAGGAGAGCAUUACCAGCAGAGAUCAGCCUUUGCAUCAUUCAUCUGCAGAAGUAUGGCCUCACACCUAUGUCUCCCAGGGUCUGUACUGCCUUUCGUCCUCUGAUGCCUGGGACCCAAUCAGCAAUGAGCUAUCAGGCAUGGCCUCUCCUGCUGCAGGCUCCUACAUAGCCAGUGGGGCUUCUGGAGAAGGCUAUGACUGCUCCCCCCACUAUCUGUCCCAGCAGCAGCUUGCACUUCAGCAGCAGAGCCAUUUACAGCAGCUGCAGCAGAUGAAGCAGUACCAGCAACAGCAACUCAUGCAGUACCAGCAACAGUCACUGGAGCAUCGGCUACACAGCACCUCCCAUUCUUUGCAAGCUACGCCCAACAGCACCAUUCAUAGCUUGUGUCCACCCACACAUCCACGACUGGCUGAUUUGUGGGCAGCAGCACAAGUGGAGCCACAUCAGAUGGAAAUAAUGGGACACAUGAGUAUAACUUUGGCAGAAAUGGGCACACCAGAAUCAUAUGGCGAGGAAUUAGUUACAGAAAAUGAGUGCAUCCCUGAACAACAAGAGGAGGAGGAAGCCAAGGAGGAUGACAUCACAUUAACAUUGGAAUCUGAGGCAAUGUCCAUGACACCAGUUGUGACCUCACAGCCUCACAGAGAGGGUCCGAUGCCUGGUGGCGUGAGCCCAUCCUUGUCAUACACAGAGCCAAUGCCUGAGCAUACGCCCUUUGAGGUCACAUCCUGCAUCAUCCAAUCCCUGGACCUGAAAGAAGAGGAAGUGGAGGACGGGGCGGUGGUUGUUGUUGCGACCAAUUAA